AUGGCCUCAAAAUUAGCUUUAUUGAUUACACUAUUUGUUGUUGUUGUUGCAAUGGUUGCUGGUCCAGCAAUGGCAACUGAUCAUUGGGUUGGUGAUGAUCAAGGUUGGAAACUCGAAUUUAAUUACACAUCUUGGGCUGCUACGAAACAAUUCCACGUUGGAGAUAAGCUCAUAUUCAAGUACAAGAAAGACGCGCACAACGUGUAUAAAGCAGAUCAAGAAGCCUUCAAAAGUUGCACACCAAGUAGUGAUGUUACACCCUUAACUUCUGGAAAUGAUGAGAUUUCCCUGACUUCGCCAGGGAAAAAAUGGUACAUUUGUGGAGUAGGCAAACAUUGUGAAAAGGGAAUGAAACUUGCCAUCAAUGUUUUGCCAGCAGAAUUUGGAUCCCCUGCUCCUUCACCAAGUGGCCCUGCUUCUCCCUCUUCUGCUUCUUUGAUUUCUCCUAAUUCGAAAUUUGUUGCUAUGAUUGUUGCUGCAUUUGCAAUGUUCGUUGUGAUAAUGACUUGAGGAUCAAAUUAGUUCGAGAUUUUUGGUGUCAUAUGGAGGGGUGAUCUGAUGAUCAUAUAUCAAUUUGUUGUGUUAUUUGUUUUCACAUUUUAAUAAUUGAGGCAGUCAGUCAGGAGUACUGUCUGAGGCUCCUGGAUUUAUGUUACUAUUUCUUUUACUUUCUUUGUUGUUUUAUCCAAGAUUUAGAUAUGUUCACUUCCUCAUUAAAAUUGUA